AUGGCGGAUGCAGAAUGGGAGGCUCAUAAGGCAGAGAUCGAGCGCCUUUACAUCAGAGAGAACAAAAAGUUAGAGGAGGUCUUGCAAUUCAUGGAAACAACAUAUGGAUUUCGCAGAACGAAAAAUCAAUACACGGCAAGGCUUAAGAAAUGGGGUUUCAAGAAAUAUCGCAUGGGCGCUCUCAAGUGGAGACACGUCAAUCGCGAAAUACAAAAGAGGGCAGCUGAAGGACAGAAUCUCGAAGUCUGGUUCGAUGGUGUCUAUUACAAUCCAAAAACAGUGCAAUUUGAGAUCCAUCGUCAGGGAUUUCAGAGAGAGAUUGACAAGUAUCAACCAUUGUCCCCAACACCUGAAGGACUUAUUGUCUGCUCUCCUGGUCCGUCGAUCUUCCAAAUUACAUGGCCACAGAAUCUCCCAUGGUUCAUUUUCUCUAAUACUGCGCUAAGCAGAUUACAAAACGUCCCGAGCAACCUAUUUAUAUCACUGGAACAACUUCCAGGGGUUCGGGAAAAGGACCUAUUUUCCCAAAUCAUCGAACGUGGUCUCAUCGAUUCUCUCGGCUCGCUUAUGGUCGGAAACCAUGCCAAAGUGCUGCGCACCGGACGCAAUAGCUCCAGGGUAGCAGCAGCUCUGAGCUCAAUAAUGCCUGAACAACACGAAGGUCAAAGCUCUUACGUAGCUGAAAAAAUUUGUGGUCUCAGAGGUGGCAGUGAUGCCGUGGAGCGCUUACAAGUGGCACUUUUUCUGCUUUCCAACGGUUUUAAAAUCGGUGAGCCUGAUGAUAAUAUCAGCAAGGAAGAUCAAACGAUCAUGGCAAUCUUCUAUCUAUCGGGCCUGAAUACCGUCAGCAACCUCAAAUAUCUACUUUCUCUCCCCGGUGCAACAGCACAUGCUAUAUCGCACAAGAUAUUUGCAAGUGCGGUGAGAUCACAGGACGUAAGAACAGUUCGGAUGGCUUUGAAAGCUGGUAUGAGCCCUGAUACCCCAGUUAUCCAUGAUGGUUUUCCUAUGCCACCUUUGAUACUGGCUUCCAGAUUCAGAGACCACCGAGCAGCACUUGACAUGUGCAACUUGUUCCUGUCCUAUGGUUCUGGAUGUAAGGAUAUCAAAGUGUUAGAAUGGGCGCUUUUAGAAGCAAUCCGCUCAAGAAAUAUUGAGCUCCUCAAAAUCUUUUUGGCUCGAAAUAUUCCUAUAUCAGGAGAGGCAUUAAGCGCCGCAAUUAAGACGGGAACCCCAUGCCUUCUCUCUAUGCUGCUUGAGAUUGACCCCAAUAUCAACAAACAAAGCGGUGAUUUAAUCGACCUUUCGAUCCUCGGACUUGCUGUGGACCGAAACGAUGUGUCUCUGACACAAUAUCUGCUUGCCUUAGGCGCGGAUGUUGACGCAAUCCAAGACGUGCUUUUGCGUAGAGACAACAUUGUCCAGUCAACCACACUUGGACUCGCGAUAAGGAAAGGCAACGACGACAUAAUCGGUCUUCUUUUGGAUGCUCAUCCAGAUAUCAACCACCAAGAGGCAUCAGAUGAAUACAUCCCCCCACUCGUCUUAUCGGUUGAAUAUGGUGCCAUCAAUAUCACACAGCGUCUGUUAUCGGCGGGAGCAAAAGUCUCUGCUGGUGAUGGAAUCCAAGGAAUGAGCCUCGUGCAACGGGCUCUUGAGAGAAACGAUCUCGAAACUUCUAGACUGCUUAUAUCCUACGGAGCCAGAGUAGAGCCAACUCAGAUGGAGGAUUACUAUACCUCCAUCCUGUAUGAAAAUGUGGAGAUGAACAAUCUCGACACUACAAUUUCGCUAUUGAGUUGGGGCGCAAGGAAGAAUGAAAUCUACAACGAAGUCCCAGACACCAUCCUCGGCGCAGCCAUAGCAGGUGGGCACUGCGAAAUGAUUGGAUCACUUUCCCAAGCCGGAGCGACAAAUACUGGACAAAGUCUGAUUCAAAUUGGAAAUUUGGAAACUGCAAUGUACUUGGAACAGCUUGGUCUGCUGCCUGAAAUCCUCCAUCGCUAUGGUCAACCGAUACUUGUGUCUGCCAUCAAGAUGUCCCAAAGAAGCGAUGAUGGUCUUGUCCGAUAUUUGCUCGAUCGUAAUGUCGACAAGCAGCCUAAAAGUGUCGAUCUCUCCACGGUUUGCAGAUCUCCGCUUGCAGCUGCCCUUGAUUUCUUAGACUUUCCAGAGAGCCUUUCAUUUGCAAAGCUUCUAAUUGAACGAGGAGCAAGCAUCGGAGAUCUUGAACUGACAGCAGCAGUCGAGGAUUAUCGAUGCGGUUCGAAACGUUUCGAAAUUCUUCAACUGCUUUUGGACAAUAUGUCACAGCAGCGUUGUGCUGUCCCAAAUGCCUUCGAGAGGGCUUUGGAACAUUAUCACCUUGUUUUUCUUGUGCGGCGCUUUUUAGAAAUUGGUCUUGACCCGGGAGGCAAAGUUGUUGCCAACGGAGCUUUGGAUAUUAUUUUCCUGUACCAGCUGCACGGAGUCAUCGACUCCGAAGUUCUCGAAUCUAUCCUUGAGAGAGCAGUCCUUUGGCAAAACGGUGUGUCACUCGGGGCUCUUCUACAUUCUCGAACAUGGACUGCGCUUGAAAAAGGACGAGCGCUCACCAGAGCCCUGGAUUACCGUCACAAAUCCGCUGUACAGGAUUUAUUGGAUGCCGGUGCGGAUGUGAAUCAGGCGGUCAGGAUUACUCAUGACUCCUAUCCGCCACUUUGGCUCGCCGUUGAGAGGCAGGAUAUUUCUCUAACUAGACGCCUGGUUGCUCUCGGUGCUGAUUAUGUCAACCGACCAGCCUCCUCUCAGUAUGGAAGAACGGCAUUACAAGAUGCGGUGGAAGAAGGAAAUGUUCAAAUAGUGGACAUGCUAUUGGACGCUGGAGCAGAUCCUAAUCAGUGUGCGGCUGAAUUUUGGGGCGGAACAGCGCUCCAAUUUGCUGCAAUCAAAGGAUACAUCGGUAUCGCUCGCAAAUUACUUGUAAAGGGGGCAGAUGUCAACGCAAAAAAGUCCUUGCAAAAUGGCAGAACAGCGUUGGAGGGUGCUGCGGAACAUGGUCGCAUUGAUAUGCUGCAGCUGCUUCUGAAUGAAGGUGCAACAAUUGUGGCAAGUGGCCGCCGCCAAUACAUUCGAGCAGUCAAAUUGGCAGAAGAGAAUGCUGAAUUCGGUGCAGCAAAGCUACUCAGAGAUCAUGGAGGUUGGACUGAGUGGGAUGCAAGACAAUAUGAACAUGAGAAGUUCGAUUCUGAUGAGAAUAACUGGGACUCUACCAUGUCAAUUCCGCACCACAGGAGAACAGAGCAAGAUCGGGUAUCACCGCGAUAA